GAGGGAAGCUAACCAAGCUUACUAGAGAAGCAACUAUGGACACCCAUUUUUUCAGUAUGGCGACCGCACUCGCUCGCCGGUCAGUCAUCGACGCCCUUUUCGACCCUGAGAAAGAGGAGGAAGUCAUCGCCACAGACACACCUCAUUGCACAUUGAUCACCAGAACCUUUUUCAAGAACCUAUACACCUCACAAGUUCGAGAUCCGGACGAGGCGGAAAGACGACAGGACCUGAAGGACUUUUUGCGCCCCAUGAACAAACGCCUCUCUCCGCAGCAAAGAGAAGAGAUGGAAAGACCGCCAGCCAAGGAAGAAAUCUGGACAGCGCUCCUCCAAAUGGAUGAGGGGAAGACACCCGAAAUUGAUGGUCUCCCCAAGGAAUUCUGGGAAUGCAUGUGGGCAGAUCUGAGCGCUGAUUUAUGGGAAUAUUAUCAGGGAGUCUGGGAAGAGAAGGAGAUGGGAGACGUGGUGGGAAAGGGGGUGCUGUCUCUGCUGCAUAAAAAGGGGGACAAAAUGAACCUCAGGAACUAUAGACCUAUCACAGUGCUUACAGUAGUAUAUAAAAUGCUGGCGAAGGCCUUGGCAAACCGGAUGGCGACGGUCCUGGAAGACAUCCUCCAUCCGGCUCAGACUGGUUUCAUCUCCAACAGGAACAUCCAAGAGAACAUUCUCUUGGUCAAUGAGGUCCUUAGUCUCUCACAGCGCGGAAAAGCCAAUGCAGCCAUCAUCUUUAUAGAUUUUGAAAAAGCAUACGAUCACGUUGAUUGGUUUUUCCUCGACCAAUGCCUGGACAGGAUGAAUUUUGGACCAUCCUUCCGGCGCUGGAUCAAGAUCUUGCACAAGAAUGCCACCACAUGCGUCCAGGUGAACGGCUCAGUGGCACCGCAAUUCCCCCUCCAGAGAUCAGUUAGACAAGGGGACCCGAUAGCCCCCUUCCUCUUCCUGGUUAUAAUGGAAGCCUUGUUAGCGAACCUGAGACACAAUAAAGCCAUCAAACGCAUUCAACUGACAAGGAUUCCGGAAGAGGCAUUCCCGGUGUGCUCGUUGUUCGCCGACGACCUUACCGUCCUGAUGGAAGCAUGCGCGAGUAACAUGGAGGAGGUCCGUGUUCUAAUGGAUCGCUUCUGCCGCCUCUCGGACAUGACGGUGAAUUGGGGGCAAAAGACGUCGGUUUAUAGUCCACUUAUUGGCGGUUCCAUUUAUAAAAAUCUAGUUGGGUACGUAGAGGUGCACACGAACGUCUCGGAAUUGUUCCAGCGGCUGUACGUUGACAACCCUGACAUUGUAGAUGGUGUUGAUAUCACGGUAUUCAUGGUCGUGGAAUCUCGGGUGAUUGCGGUCUUCGACUCGGAAAACCGUGCAUUCUCCGAACAAGGCAAUCAUUCUGCGGGGCAGAAUCCUGUUGCGUUCCCACUGAGCAUAGAAGGUGGGGCAGACCUCGUCUGCCGGCUUAAGAACAGUGGAUCAAAUUGGCGGAGUGCACUCGCGUGGUCUGCACUGCCAAUAGGGAGCUCAGCCACCCUCUUCCUCGCGGCUUAUGUACUGUUAUAUCAGAUCCAGAAAGUACAGAAGGACCUCCAGCGGAUGAGCAGGCUGAAGGAUUCUGCAGACCAGGCAAAGCUAAUUGCAGAGGGCGCCAGCAGAAUGAAGGGAAACUUUCUAGCAACAAUGUCUCAUGAAAUUCGCACCCCAAUGACCGGAGUCAUAGGCAUGAUGAAUUUGCUCUUGGAGACAGAACUCGAUGCAACACAGAUAGAUUUCGUCCAGACUGCAACGAGCAGCGGAAAGGCACUUGUGUCCCUCAUAAACGACAUUUUGGACCUCUCAAAAAUAGAGAGUGGCACAAUCGAGCUAGAGUCAAAGCCAUUCAAUAUCCGUGCAGAAGUUGAUGAUGUCUUGAGCUUGUUUAUGGAGAAGGUGAAAGACAAGUCACGCGUGGAGUUCUCUGCAUAUGUGCAUGAUCAUGUACCUGAAAGGCUCAUUGGCGAUUCACUCCGAUUCCGACAGGUUGAGGAGGAGGCAAAAAUGGCCGCCAUUUUGCAGGAGAGGAAGGAGAAGAAGGAGGCCAAGAAGAAGGCCCUACAGGAGGAGCAGGCGGCGAAGUUAAAAAAGAUAGAGGAGGAGAUGGCCAGAGAGAAGGAAAGGUUGAAGCGAGAAGAAGAGGCGAAGUUGAAAGAAGUGGAAGAAGAAGAGGAGGAAGAUGAACAGCCACUGAAAAGGAAAAGAGGACAGUACAGUGGCAGUAACAAUGAUGAGAUGGAGAAGAGGAUUUCAGAGUGGAUCGCUAACUUGUCCUUGGGAGAAGAAGAAGAAGUGGCGAUGUAUAUCCCCAAGGAUGAGCAGGAAGCCGCCCUGAAGAAAUGGGAAGCGGAAACAGAUGUGCUAAAGCGGCAGGCGAUGGAGGAUGAGCAGAGGAUGGAGUGGAAACUCGCGAUGAUGAGGGAAAAGAAAAGAAGGGUGGAGGCGGCGAGUGAGGCAGUCAAAGAUUUGGAGGUGGUGCAGAAACUGACUUUACAGUUGACCCCUCAGGAACAACAAUAUGAGUUUAGUCGGAGUCAAGAUAUGGCCGUCCGCUUGAUGCGAAUGGGGUUUCGGGACUUUGCUCGUGAACUGGUAGGCGCAGUAGGAGCCGAGGUGAGCCAUUGCCUCGAGAAGACUGAACGCUUCUACGUCGGCGCCAUUGAAGGCGUCAAGGCGGCAGCUCCCAAGGAGGAAGAGGCACGUCCUCGCAGGGAGCCAAUCAAAGUCAAAUUCCCUGAUUCCUACAGUGGAAAAAGGGAAGAAAACUUUGACAACUGGGAGGCCGAUUUCAAGACCUACGUGCAUUUGCAACAGGUCUCCCCGGAUCAGCACGUCCUGAUUGCGAUCCAUGCGCUUAGAGAUGAGGCCGCCAGUUUUGCAAGGUCCCUCGUUUGCGCCGCUAACUGCAAUGAUGAUGCAGGUGCUUACUCGUCGUUCACCUCCCUCACUGAGUUCAUGAAGUUGCUGCGCGAGCGAUUUGCGGAUGUCGCCCGCGGUGUUAAAGCCUCAGACAGGCUACAAACAAUCCAUUCUCGCAAAUGGAAGAGUGCGAGGGCACUCAAGAGCACUAUGGACAAACUAGUGGCUGUACCUGACCACGGGGUGACAGACACCCAGUUGGUCGGCCUCUUCUACCGGGCUAUGCCCGAAGCCUUUCGAGGGCACUUCUUCGCGAAGAGCGAAGAUCCCACCACUAUGUAUGAUUCUCUUAGUCGUGAAGUGGUGGCUUUUGAAGCCAAGUCUAUGUCAGUGUCUACCUUCUGGCACAAGGACUUGGACAAGGGUAAGCAAUGGAAGGGCCGCACUAUCUCAGGGCAAGUGAAGACUAAGGAUAGCCUUGUCCUAACCUUAGAUGAGGGUAGUGUGGAUGAGAUCCCCUACGAUCAGAUUGAGUGGGGGUUGGAGGAAGAGGACAACGGUGUGGGCCAGGGGAGAACUUACGCUGCUGUUGCGGCCGGAGGGAGGCCGCAAGGAGGAGGACGAGGCCAGGGCCGAGGGGGCCGGGCCUCAGGGAGCCGGUUUCAGGGCGAUCAGGGGGUUGGCGGCAGAGGAGGAAACCGCCAAGUGGGAGGAAGGGGUCAAGGUCCCCCGCAAAACCGUCCUAGGAAUAGGUCUCCCUAUAGGGAAACUCCCACACCACAUGUGCCUAUGGCAGAGGUUGCAGGCCGGUGUCUAGACAACUGUCCAGAGACUGCUUGUGUCAGGGUCUCCUUAGACACCUCCCUCACAGGCGUGGCUGAAGAAUUGAAGGAGAGGAUGCCCGCCUGGGCCAAGAUAAAGAAAGAACAGAAAGGACAGCUAAUUCUGGUAGAUGUAGAGAUUUUUAGAGGUAGAGUAGGGGCCCUAGUAGAUUCAGGGGCCACCCGCAACUAUAUUAAGAAGAAAACGCUGCAGAAAUUGAAGCUGGGACUUAAAGUCCAGAAACUAACAGACCCCAUAGUUAGUAUCCUCGCGGACAAUCGUACUAUGGUUGUAGAGGAUUACGUAGAGGGAGUCCAGGCGUAUUUCCGCCUAGAGAAAGAUGGGAAAGUGGAGAAGGUCCUCCACUCCCUGACUCUCCUCGUAGAAGACAACCUCCCAUUUGAUAUUGUUCUGGGGAUGGAUUGGGGAGAGGCAACCGGGGCCACGCUCCAUUUGAAGGAGCACGAGUGUAGGCUCCCUAGUUCGUCAGGCGAGGCUAAGACUGCCCGCCUGUUCCAUGCGUCAGGAGUAGAGAAUCCCUUGGCACAUUGCUGCCUUAGUGCGCCUGCAUUCGCCAGAUUAGUGAAGAAGGAGAAAUUAGAGGAACAGAUCUUUGUUGCCUAUGUUAAGCCAGUAACUGAGCCUAAGGAAGAAAAGUCAAUGGACCCUGCGAUUGCCGAGCUGCUGGAAGAGUUCAAGGACCUAACUGAGCCGCUGAUAGGAGUGGUACCACGGCCCAUCCAGCACCGCAUUGAGAUAGAGCCUGGCAGUAGAACUCCUAAGGGCGCUGUGUAUAGAAUGUCCCCACGGGAGUUAGAGGAGCUUCGCAAGCAAUUAGACGAGCUCCUCGAGAAGGGUUGGAUUAGGCCCAGUUCGUCUCCUUUUGGAGUGCCUGUUCUCUUUGUUCCCAAGAAAGAGGGAGAGCUGAGAAUGUGCAUAGACUAUAGGGGUCUAAAUGCUAUUACAGUGAAGAAUGCUGAGCCACUGCCUAGGAUAGACGAUCUCUUAGAUCGAGUGCAGGGGGCGAAGUAUUUCUCUAAGAUAGACUUAAAGUCCGGGUAUCAUCAGAUAGAGGUACAUCCUGACGAUCAUUAUAAGACAGCCUUCCGGACUAGGUACGGGCAUUAUGAGUUUAUAGUGAUGCCCUUUGGACUAACCAAUGCGCCAGCGACGUUCCAGCGCUGUAUGAACGAUUUGUUUAGGCCAUGGUUAGAUAGAUUUGUUGUUGUCUAUUUAGAUGAUAUCUUAGUGUUUAGCAAGACCCUCCAGGAACAUUUGGGUCAUCUCAGGCAGGUCUUGGAGAAGUUGAGAGAAGCUAACUUCAAGAUCAAUCUAAAGAAGUGCGACUGGGCAAAGACCCAAGUUCUAUAUUUAGGCCACGUCUUAGACGGAGACGGCGUCAAGCCAGAAGACUGCGAAAUCGCAGCGAUUAGAGAUUGGCCCACACCGCGCACGCUGACCGAGUUGCGGUCGUUUUUGGGCUUAGCUCAUUACUAUAGGAAGUUCGUGAGAAACUUCUCUACUAUCGCUGCGCCCCUUCGCAGAUUGCUCAAGAAGGAGACCAUCUGGAAGUGGGAUAAGGACUGCACAUCUGCUAUGAAGAAGUUAAAACAGGCGUUGAUAGAGUAUCCAGUCCUUAAGGUCGCCGAUCCAUCCUUGCCCUUUGUCGUCACUACGGACGCUAGCCAGUACGGCAUAGGUGCCGUGUUACAGCAAGACGAUGGCAAUGGUUAUAGACCCGUAGAGUUCAUGUCCGCCAGAAUGCCUUCAGAAAAGGUCAUGACAUCUACCUAUGAGAGGGAACUCUACGCUCUCAGGCAAGCCUUAGAACACUGGAAGCACUACUUGCUUGGGAGACACUUCAAAGUCUACUCAGACCAUGAGACGUUAAGAUGGUUAAAGACGCAGGCCAAGAUGACACCUAAGCUUACUAGGUGGGCCGCAGAGAUAGAUCAGUACGACUUUGAGCUCAAGCCAGUCAAAGGGAAAUACAACGUAGCCGCGGAUGCUCUGAGUAGGAGAGCUGAUUACUUUGGGGCAAUAGUACACUACAUCGAUAUAGGAAAGGAUCUGCAGCAGAAGGUUAGAGAAGCCUACGCGCAGGACCCUAUCUACAGUGACCUCCUUAAGAAAGUCAAAGAGGCCCCAGAGACUGAACCGAACUACCGCACUACCGAAGGGUUGCUYUUUGAGAAGACUAAUGUAUUUGACCGCCUGUGCAUUCCCCGUAGUGAAGAGAUCCGUAGUCUGAUUCUGGGAGAAUGCCACGACACAGAGGGUCAUUUUGGUUGGCAAAAGACUUUAGCCAAUCUGAUGCGCGCGUAUACCUGGCCAGGGAUGAAGAAUGACUGCGUAGAGUAAAUUCGCAGUUGUAAAGUUUGCCAGCGUAACAAGACUUCUACGCGUGCUCCGCUAGGUCUUCUCAGACCCUUGCCCAUUCCGGAUCAGCCGGGAGACUCAGUAUCCAUAGACUUCAUGGACACUCAAGUCAAGAGCAGGCAUGGCAAGAGCCAAGUCAUGGUCAUAGUUGACCGUUUUAGUAAGUACGCAGUUUUUGUUCCUUUGCCUUCARAGGCACGUACUGAUUUAGUCAUACARAGGUGUUUUGACUGUUGGGUGAGUGAGAAUGGAAUCCCACUAUCUAUAGUUAGCGAUAGAGAUAGUCGCUUUACUAGCCAGAACUGGCAAGAACUCAUGGGAGUAUAUGGAUCUAAGUUGUUGAUGUCGUCCGACCGUCAUCCAAAGACUAACGGUCAGACAGAGCAAAUGAACAAGAUCCUAUAGC